UGAGAUAUAUUAAAGGGGCGCCACUGGGAAAUUAAAGCACAUCCCACUCAGCGUUUUCAUCCUCUGAUCCUUUGCUGGCGGCUUUUCUUUCUCUGCAUCCCCACGUGGUCCUUCUCAUUUAGUCAUUUAUAUCACCACCAUAGCCCCAUGACUCAAUCUUGAAUUCUUGUUCACAUUUGAAAAUCUGGGAUGGUGAGUUUUGCAACACUCCUCGUCUGUUCUUUCAUUUUUCUUUCAAUCCCAGUUUCGUCUCAGCAAGAUGGGUUUAUCUACACAAGAUUCAAUGCGCCGAACAACAACAUAAGCUUGACAGGAGUGGCAACGGUUACAGGGCGUGGGAUUCUUCAGCUAACCAAUCAAACCCGUAGAUUAAUGGGUCACGCCUUCUACUCCUCUCCCUUUCAGUUCAAGAACUCCUCCAAUGGCUCCGCUUUCUCCUUCUCCACCUGCUUCGCCUUCGCCAUAGUCCCCGAGUAUCAAAAAUUAGGUGGCCAUGGCUUCGCCUUCGCGAUUUCGCAGUCCGUGGAUUUCACCGCGGCUCUUCCCAGCCAGUAUCUCGGCCUGCUCAACGCCACCGACGUCGGAAACUUCUCGAACCAUCUCUUCGCUGUGGAGUUCGACACUGUCCAGGAUUUCGAGUUCGGGGAUAUUAAUGAUAACCAUGUCGGGAUUGACCUCAACAGCUUGGUGUCCAAUAAAUCCGCCGCUGCAGCCUUUUUCACUGACGAUUCCCAGAAACAGGAUCUGAAUCUCAAGAAUGGGAAGGUGAUUCUUGCUUGGGUUGAAUACGAUUCGGCUUCAAAUCUCCUAAAUGUCACUCUCUCACCCACCUCUUCCAAACCCAAGAUUCCUCUUUUCUCUUAUCGCUUGGAUCUCUCUGCAAUUUUGAAAGAAAGGAUGUAUGUUGGCUUCUCUGCUUCCACUGGGUUACUUUCCAGUUCUCACUAUAUCUUAGGUUGGAGCUUUAAAAUGAACGGAGAAGCCAAAAGUAUCGAUCUUGAUUCCCUUCCAUUACUCCCUGGAAUCAAGAAAACACUACAUAUGGGAUUUGUAGUGACGGUAUCUGUGUUGGGGGUUGUUUUUGUAUUACUUUUUAUCUUCGUGGGGAUUUACGUGUACAAAAAGAUGAAGAAUGGUGAUGUGAUAGAGUCAUGGGAGCUUGAGAUUGGGCCGCAUAGAUAUUCUUAUCUAGAAUUAAAGAAAGCCACGGGGAAUUUCAAAGAAAAGGAGCUACUUGGGCAGGGUGGAUUUGGUCAGGUUUACAAGGGAAUUCUUCCAAGUUCAAAAACUGAAGUGGCGGUGAAGCGAAUUUCGAAUGAAUCUAAGCAGGGAUUACGCGAAUUCGUGUCUGAAAUUUCGACAAUCGGGAGGCUUCGUCAUAGGAAUCUUGUCCAAUUACUAGGAUGGUGCAGAAAACGCGGCGAUUUGUUGCUGGUUUAUGAUUUUAUGCCGAAUGGAAGCCUGGACAGGUUCUUGUUUGAUCGGCCCAGAAGGGUGUUGAGUUGGGAGCAGAGGCUAAAUAUAAUCAAAUGUGUGGCUUCGGGGCUAUUAUAUUUACACGAAGAAUAUGAACAAGCCGUGAUCCAUCGCGACAUUAAGGCUAGCAAUGUUUUAUUAGAUAGCGAGAUGAAUGGAAGACUGGGAGAUUUCGGACUAGCAAGGCUACAGGAACACGGCACGAACCCGGGCACAACCAAGGUAGUGGGGACAUUGGGGUACAUAGCCCCGGAAUUGACAAAGACAGGAAAGGCCACAACAAAAUCAGACGUGUACGCGUUUGGUGCGUUCUUAUUGGAGGUUGUGUGUGGGCGAAGGCCAAUAGAGACAAAAGCUCGGAUAGAGGAGAUGGUUUUAGUGGAUUGGGUGUGGGUGAAAUUUAAGGAGGGGAAUGUUGUUGACGUGGUGGAUUGGCGAAUGAGAGGUAAUUUUGAUGAGUCGCAGGUUGUUAUGGUGCUGAGAUUAGGACUGAUGUGCUCGGGCAAUGAGCCUUCGGCAAGACCCAGCAUACGACAAGUGUUGAGUUACUUGGACGGAGAGUGUGAAAUGCCAGCUGAGGUUGUAGUGGAGCCAGAUAAGAGUAGUGACGUAGGGUUACUAGAAAUGGAUGCCACUUUUGCUUCUCUAUCUUCCCCUCAAUCACUCCUCUCCACUUCAGAGCAUAGAAAAUCAGAUACAUACACUUCUUAAAUUCCGGUGCUAAGUUAAAGAGCUCUCCACCAGAUUUUGACGACUGAAGGCCGCAGAUGAUGGAAUCGUGGAAGGUGUGGAUUAGAUUUCUUGCACACAUAAAGACUAGGGUGUGACUGGAUGAUGAGCUAAUUGAUGAACCUUUGCAAUAGUUCUAGGAGUGGGGUUAUGUGAGUUUAGGAUUAGUUCAGCAAAUUUGUAAUCACAUAAAUAUUAAAAAUAAUAAUAAUAAUUUUUCCCUGACUUGAGUCAUUUA